GUGGGGUGGUCCUUCUGGAUGCUCCAGCUUCUGGACGCAAGUGAUGACACAAUCCUUCUGGGGCUCAGAUCCUUCCCCUCAUUGGCUGCCCAGAGCUCCUGGACCACCCCAGACCCAGAGCAGUGGGAAUAAGAGCAGCUGCUGGUGUUGGGAGGCAUCAGACGCACUGCCCAGCUCGAGUGUCACUGCCACUUCUGCCACCGUGCCAUCGCCUGAAGCCAAAGCUACUGCCACUGCUCCCUCCUCUGCUCCAAGCCACCUGGCUCCUGCUGCCAGAGAGUCGUCAUGGUCUUCUGGAAGUUCCCCCCCUUCCUGGUCCUCAGCAUCCUGGUCUUGUACCAGGCAGGCGUGCUCCACUCAUCGCCAUUCAGGUUGGCUUUUGAUAGUCAUUUUGAUCCUGCUACACUCAAUGAGGAGGAAUUCCGCCUCCUACUGGCUGCAAUGGUGAAUGACUAUGAGCAGAUGAGGGCCCGUGAGCUGGAGAAGGAGCAGAAGACACGGGGCUCCAGCAUCACUGCCCGGAAGAGAGCCUGCAACACUGCAACCUGCACGACCCAUCGGCUGGCAGGCUUGCUGAGCAGAUCUGGGAGCAUGGUGAAGAGCAACAUGUUGCCCACCAAGAUGGGCUUCAAAGUCUUUGGUGGGCGUCGCAGGAACUUUUGGAUCUGAGCAGCGAAAUGAUUCUAGGAAGAAGGUCGCUAUGAAGCUGAACUCUACGUCUUUUAGUUUGCAAUGAAAGCAACUUACAAAAAAAAUAGCCUAGAAGACACCCAUGUAUGCAUGCUUCUUGACAUUGAAAACACUUCUUUUGUUUGAAAUAAACUAAAUGCAGAAUAAAAUCAUUGCAGCUACCCAGUGUUCAUCUUUUUUAUCAAUAUAUUUGAUUCUGUAUUCAAUAAAUAUGACGCAUAUCUCACUGGCUUAUCUGGUAGAAAAUCUGGGCCCUGUCAGCCAACCUGUUGGCUGCUCUGCUAAACCUCAGGGGCACAUGAAAUCGCUGCCUUGUGGGUGUCUGGAGAUGCCUAGUAAUGCUGAGCCUCAAUGGAACUCUCUCUUUAAAGAAAUGUUCUCAUUUGUGCACUUC